AUGACUGCCAACUUUAAGCCCACCAUGAAUCCUACAGCGGAGGACGAAGUCGUCGGUGAUUCGCAUGCCCAUUUAAAGGCUAAUUCAAAGAUCAAGUCCAAUGCAAAUGACCCGCCAGUCCCUUGGUCAGAGAUCUUCUCCCGUCAUGAGGCCUUCCUCUGCUCUCACCUUGAUAUGCUAAGCAUGGUGAAGGACCAGAUUGCUCCAGAGGUCAAUGGUUUCCAGACCGUCUCGUCAAUGGUGAACAAAACAGUACUGGCGAUGAACCAGCUGAAGAUAGCUAGAAAACAUAUUAUGAGCAAAAACGCUACACUCCCAGCCUCCAGUUCCUCCAGUUCCUCCAACCCCACACAAUCCACUGACACAGAGGCGAACAUUCGCAAAAAAAGACGCAGAAUCUCUCGGGACAACGACACAGCCCGUCCUGACCCCACAGAAGAAGAACGAGCCCCCAAGAGACACCGUGAAUCUCCUUCUCAGCCAAUAACCGAGCAAGAAGGAGAGUUCACGUCGACGUGGCUUGGAACAGAGGAUAUCUCAGCAGAAGUCCAGCGACGGCUGAAAAUCAAGGAGGAGCAACGUUUUAGGAAAGAAAACCCCAAAGCGGAUAAACGCAAGCGCGACAGUCUCGUGUCGAAUGACGGUGAAUCACAAAUUGCAUGCAAGCCUCGGAAGAAACGGCUAAGGCUGGAGAAUGGGCACAAGAGACAUGGUGAUUUGGGCUUGUGCUUCGUCUAUUGGCGGAUUCUAAAGAAAUUCUAA